AUGGCCCCAUAUGAAGACAGUCAGUACAUUGGGAUUAUCAGGUUACUUCAGCAUUUUGGGUGGAUGUGGAUUGGUGUCCUUGUUGAUGGUAGUAACUGCGGAGAACGUUUCAUGAAGGUCGUGGAGGAACUGCUUUCUCGGAAUGGGAUCUGCUCCGCCUUUACAAAAAGCAUUUCACAACAGGCCGCUCUUGAUGAUGCUGAUAAAAUCAGUCAUUUUUUAUCGGAGAUAAAUUGGAUUUUCAGAAACAGCAAAGUCAGUGCAUUAAUCAUGUAUGGAGAAUCACUGACUAUUUCAUGGAUAAGAACAGCUCAGUUUGUGAAAGAUCUGAGAGAAAACACAACAACAUUCUUUAGGAAGGUGUGGAUUGUGACAGCACAGAUUGAUUUCAUACUCAAGGGCUUUCAACAUGGUUGGGGUCUUCAGCUGUUCCAAGGUGCCAUUUCGUUUACUAUUCCAUCCAAGGAUCCUCCAGGGUUCAGAGACUUUCUCCAGAGGGUAAAACCUAACUGGAACCAAGAGGAUGGUUUUCUGAAAGCUUUCUGGGAGCAAGCGUUUGACUGUUCCUUUGCAGAUCUCACUUCACCAACCACUGCCCAUGAACUGUGCACUGGGGAAGAGAAGCUGGAGAACCUUCCCUCACCUCAGUUUGAAAUGGACAUGACUGGCCACAGCUACAGCAUCUACAAUGCAGUCCAUGCUGUGGCACAUGCCCUGCACACCAUGUUUUUCUCUAGGUCCAAAGGCAGAGACCUGAUGCAGGAGAAAAAGGCUGAUCUUCAAGAGCUGCAGCCGUGGCAGCUCCAUACUUUUUUUCAUAGCAUUUCAUUUAAUAAUGCAGCUGGAGAAGCAGUGUCCUUUAGCGACAAGAGGGUACUGGAUGGUGGAUUUGAUAUUAUGAAUUUGGUCACUUUCCCCAAUUUCUCCUUCAAAAGAGUGAAAGUUGGAAGGCUGGAUCCCAAAAGUCCUGAAGGAAAAGAACUCACCAUCAAUGGGGAUGCAAUUGUAUGGCCUAGCAUCUUUAACCAGGUGAUUCCUGUUUCUCUCUGCAAUGAACGCUGCCAUCCAGGUUACCAGAAGAGAAGGAGGGAAGGGGAGAAGUUCUGUUGCUAUGAUUGUAUUCUGUGUCCUGAGGGGAAGAUUUCAAACGAAACAGACAUGAAUGAAUGUUUCAGAUGCCCAGAAGAUCAGUAUCCAAACAAGGGCAGGAGUGGUUGCUUUCCCAGAUUGAUCCAUUUCCUGUCUUAUGAAGAACCUUUAGGGAUCAGCUUAACCUCAGCUGCUCUUUUCUUUGCCUUGAUCACAGUUUUGUUGCUCGGCAUUUUCCUUAAGCACAAUGAUACUCCCCUGGUCAGAGCCAACAACCGGGGCCUCUCCUACAUGCUCCUCGUCUCUCUCCUGCUCUGCUUCCUGUCUCCUUUGCUCUUCCUCAGACAGCCUGGCCAAGUGACCUGCCUCCUCCGACAACCAGCCUUCGCAAUCAUCUUCUCAGUGGCCGUUUCUUGUGUCUUGGCAAAAACCGCCCUCGUUUCUCUGGCCUUCAGGGCUACCAAGCCUGGGUCAAGGCUGAAGAACUGGGUGGGGAAAACACUGGCCCAUUGCAUCACCCUCGCCUGCUCCUCUGUUCAAGCAGGCCUCUGCGCCAUGUGGCUGGCAUCUGCCCCUCCUUUCCCUGACUUAGACUAUGACUCUGUGACUGAAGGAAUAGUUCUGCAAUGCAACGAAGGGUCAGUCCCCCUGUUCUUCUGUGUCCUGAGCUACAUGGGUCUCCUGGCCCUUGCCAGUUUCACUGUGGCUUUCCUAGCCCGUAGGUUGCCAGAUGCUUUUAAUGAAGCCAAGUUCAUUACAUUCAGCAUGUUGAUGUUUUGCAGUGUGUGGGUCUCCUUUGUGCCCACCUACCUGAGCACGAGAGGCGAGAACACGGUGGCUGUGGAGAUCUUCUCCAUCUUGUCCUCCGCUGCUGGCUUACUGGGUUGUAUCUUUGCCCCCAAAUGCUACAUCAUUUUGCUGAGGCCUGAGAUGAACUGCAGAGUUCAGCUAAUGAGAAAGAACUGA